GCUUGACUGACUAGACAUCUACUGUUUGUUAAUAGUGCUACACUCUACGGAACGAAUCGGGGCGGCGAAGGACAUGGAUAGCCUCGAGAACCACAGCUUACCGGUAGAGAUCAUUCGACAGGUGGUCCUAGGCGCGAUCGAAGGACAUACAGCAGUAGCUGCAACACUAUCUCGGACGUGCCAAACCAUCUACGCAUGGAUCAUCCCCGUCCUAUACUCGACGGUGGUGCUCACGACGGAGACCGAAUAUUCCCUCUUCCGACGCACACUACUCGCCUCACACGAACCUGCUUGCAGCUGUCUCGCAAAGCGGGGCCCUCUGUAUACUUACGUUCGGCACCUAUGGCUAGGGAGUCGGCGAUGGAACACUACGAUGACUGCUGGGAGGGUAAAUCACUCCUGGAACGACAUUCCCAUUCCUUUUUCGUUGGAUAUGUCGAGCGCUACCAUUGCGAUCGUGCCUCUGUGCCCUGCUCUGCCACGCGUGCUUGCGCUCAGCGGCUGCCCUACCACCACCAUGCAUGCGGUGGUCCCGCAUCUGCCAAAAACCCUCGAAUCGCUGUCCAUUUGCGCCAGAAGCAACGGCAAUAUGGAUCUUCCUGACAUGUCCCACUUCACCGUCCUGCGCGAUAUCACCUUCGUGCAGGCGGGGCUCACCAACGACGCCGUACGCACACUCCUGCAAAUGACUGGCCUGCGUACUAUCACGCGCCUGUACAACUGCUCUGAAACCCUGCCGCAGGGGGCGCGAAGUUGUAUGGACGGGCUAGCUCAACUGCGCUUCGUUAGUUCCUGCGCAUCCGCAGCGUUCGAACGCAUGCAGAUCGUUUGUCUGUUCAACCGCAACUGGUGUACUGAGGACGUUCUAUCACGGCUUCAUACAUUCUUUGUCAAGUGGGCAAACGGGGCACACGAGGAUCCCCGGGCGGCAAUGUCCGCUAAGGACGGUGGCGACGAGCGGGGCGACGUGGACCACCUCAUGACGUGGUACGAUGAUUGGAUCGUGGGUCUCGAUCCUGCCUGGCGCGGCUGCGUCGCGGGGCAUUCGACACAGGAACAUUCGUCUUGGGACGUCACCCAAGCGUCACCGUCGCACUAGUACCUUGCAUCUGCGAGGGUCGUAGUAUUGACGUCACUACAAAACAGGGUAUAAGAGAAUAGCGAGAUUGGUCCUGCGGUUUCGUUCCAUCGCAUCGUCCGCGACCUAUGUAGUCGAUCCGUAAGAGGGGAUAUCGAAGUAGGUCGGUAAAAAAAACCUCGCCGCGUGCGUGUAAUAUUCGGGACGAUCGUGUCAUGGAUAACCUGCUCAGUUACAUGAGUUUGCUUCCUGUGCUGUUGAGUACUACAUAUACUUACCCAAAGUCUGGGCUUUGACGCAUCCGC